AUGGGGAAUAGUCAAAAUCCAAAAGGAGUGUUUGCAUUUGGACUUUUUGCCACUGACAUAUUUGUAAAUGCUGGCCAGGUUGUGACUGGGAACUUGGCUCCCUACUUCCUGACUGUAUGUAAACCCAACUACACUGGAAAUGACUGUCGGGCCCAUCACCAGUUCAUAAACAAUGGCAACAUCUGCACUGGGGAUGUGGAGGUGAUUGAAAAGGCAAGGAGAUCCUUUCCAUCCAAACACGCUGCUUUGAGCAUUUACUCAGCUUUAUAUGCCACGAUGUACAUCACAAGCACAAUAAAAACAAAGAGUAGCAGGUUAGCCAAACCUGUGCUGUGUCUGGGUACCCUGUGUGCUGCGUUCCUCACCGGCCUAAAUCGAGUUUCUGAGUAUCGAAACCACUGUUCAGACGUGAUCGCAGGCUUCAUCUUGGGGAGUGCUGUAGCCUUGUUUCUGGGAAUAUGUGUUGUCCAUAACUUUAAAGGCACUCAUGGAGCUCCUUCUAAACCGAAGCCUGAAGACCCACGAGGAAUGCCACUAAUGGCCUUUCCAAGAGUGGAAAGUCCUCUGGAAACAUUGAGUGCACAGAAUCACUCUGCUUCUAUGACUGAAGUAACCUGAGAUGGAAGACUGGCAACAGAAGCUAUUUUUUAUUACCCUCCAGUACAACUCUCCAAGACACACAGUUACUAAAUGUCUAACUGUGAUGACCAGUAUUAUGUUAUGUCUAGUUAGAGGCUAAUGUUUUGUACUUUUUCUGUAUGAGGAAGUGAUGUAGCUUGCCCUGACUUUUUGUUAGCUUUAAUAUUAUUAUGCCAGAAUUUAAAAGCAGAA